UCUGCGCCCAUCUUCAGUUGAGUCUUCUUGGUGGGUGAUCUAUCCGUACCGGUAGUUGGGUUCGGUCAGUUCAUCUGUGUCGCUUCUUCGAGUAACACCGAACUUUACCCUUUCUCGAGAGUGUGGAACAAAUGUUUGAACCACUGUUAAGUAACUGUUAAAAGGAAAAGUGUACAAUCGUAUCCAACACUGAAAUUGAAUAAUUUCCGUGAGACUAUAGGAAAAUAUCCAUGCACGCGGUGUGAGUGUAUAAUACGAGAAGAAGAGGAUUCAUAUCUCGUUCUCCUAAUAUGAGUAGAUAGUUACUGCAACAAAGAGAACAAAACCGAAAGUGAAAAGCUCCUAGAGCAAAUUAAAAACAUUCUUUCGUGGAAGGUAUAAAGCAGAAGACGCACGGAAAACGCUUUGAGGAGAUCGGAUUUUUCCGAAUGAGUGCAGUAAAAAAAGUUCAGCAUCGCACUCGGUUGUAAAGGACAUUAAAGAGUUGCAUUGCGCCAGAGUUGAGAGGAAGCAGUGAACAGUGCCAAUACGAUAUAGCACCGGUGUGAGCAUAAGCGACUUUGUGUGUGUUUCUAUAAACAAAACGACGUUGGAGGAGAUUGGUCUCAGGAAGUGAAAUCCAAUACAAAAGCUGCAAAGCUGACGCUGUACCGCAUCGGAGAGAUGCCUUCGCUGCAACAGACUAGCUUCAAGGAUUGGCCAAGUCCCGAUAUUGCACGAUCGCUCACAGGACCAGACAUACUCCAGAAACAUUCAAUCAACUCACUACUGCUGGAACACAAUGAAAUCAUCAGCAGGGGCCUGCCGUCACCAAUUGAAGAAAAUGUGUCGUUUUCGGAUAUUUUGGGCUCAUCACAAUCAUCGCAAUCUACCUCCACCUCGUCGUCACUCGGUGCCAGCAGCAGCAGUAACAGCAACAGCUGCAAUCUAUCAUCUAACAAGGGCAGCGGCUCCCAACAACAGCCAACCUCUCUGGCAUCUUUUUCAUCCCUCGGGUGUCCUGACAGUGCCAGCAGCAUCCUCAGUCUGAGUGGACCAAACACGGCCUCGUCGCCAGUUAUCAACACCAAUGCCAAUCCCUUCAACUUCUCCGGUUUGUCAAUAUCCAGUUCCAGUCUGAACUCACCGGAGAUUGGUAGCAAUAAUGGUGGUAACGGAGGAGGAGGUGGUGGUAGCGGUGGACAAUCGCCAACCUACUAUGGCAAUGCCAGCGUGCAAUCAUCGAAGAACUAUGACGAUUUUCGGUUCGACAAUGAUAUUAAUUUAUCUGGCUCAAAUGGACCGAGCAGUUUAACGUCUGAGACGUUGAAGUUGUUGCAACGCAAUAUGGGUACAUACGACUGUUCUUUGCCCACAUCACCAAACUCAUCUUCCACUGGCAUGUGUGCAAGAUAUUUUCGCGGAUCGCAACAACUCAGCGACCUGAAUCACAACUAUGAGGCGAAUAGCACCUCCUCUCUCUUCGGUGGCAAUCAGUCUUUGUCACGUUCCAAUUCCCCGCCCGACAAUGACCAGUCGAGUCUGCUGUCCAAUUUUGAUAGCGCCAACAUUUUGGACAUGAUCAAUUAUCUCGCCAUCAACCAGCAGCAUCAAAACGGACACAACCAACAUCACUAUGGUAGUAGCUCGGGCAGCAACAGUAACAACAGCAAUAGUACCAACAGCAACUCCCAAUCAACACAGUCACAGUACAGUCAGAUGUCGAAUCAGAAUCAGUUCUAUCAGCAUCAAUCACAAGGAGGAUCUUCCUUCGGAAAUGGAAGUUGCAACAGUCAGUCUGGAAACAACGGGGGAAGUGGUGGUGGUGGAAACAGCUUUGUCAGUGACUAUGAACGGUUGCAGAACCUACAGGCCCUGAACACGUUGCGUCUAUUGCAGCAGUCGCAACAACUGUCACAAUUGCAGUUGCAACAGUAUCAAUUCAAUCAGCUGCUCCCAAACUACAAUAACACACAGCUUAAAAACUGGUCGCUGCAAAACUCUCCACCAUCGUCCAGCAGUGGCGCCAACGAUAUCAAUCUGGACCGGAUUGCACGAUUUCACCGUUCAUCAGCUGCUCAUUACGAUGCAACCUGUACAUGGAGCGGCGUGCUUCCUCCACGCUCCCAUCGAUUGGUGACUUACUCCUCGAAAAUCUUUCUUGGCGGCAUGCCUUGGGACAUCAGUGAGCAGUCGUUGGUGCAGAUUUUCAAACCAUUCGGUUCCAUCAAGGUUGAAUGGCCAGGCAAGGAACAGCAGGCAACACAGCCGAAAGGAUACGUCUACAUUAUUUUCGAAUCGGACAAACAGGUCAAAGCUUUGCUGCAGGCCUGUACCUAUACGGACGCAAACUGCUAUAAUGGUUCGAGUCGUGGUUCCAAUUCAUCUGUUUCCAGCAUCCUCUCCUACUCGUCUGGUGGUGAAGAUCAGCAGCAGCUACAACUAGUGCAACAAUCCAACCAACAGUUGCAGCUAAUGCAUCAGAAUAAACCCCUGCCUGCACCUGGGGCCCGAAUCAACUUCAAAAUCUCUUCAAAACGAAUCAAAUCAAAAGACGUCGAAGUGAUUCCUUGGAACAUUGCCGAUUCCAACUACGUGAAAUCCACUUCGCAAAAGCUUGACCCGACCAAAACCGUAUUUGUUGGAGCGCUUCAUGGACAGCUGACGGCCGAAGGCUUGGCAAAGAUUAUGAACGAUCUGUUUGACGGAGUCGUGUACGUUGGAAUCGAUACAGAUAAGUACAAGUAUCCCCUUGGAUCGGCUCGGGUGACCUUCAACAAUUCACGCUCGUAUAUGAAGGCUGUUGUGGCUGCGUUUAUCGAGAUUAAAACAGCGAAAUUCACGAAGAAGCUACAGGUUGACCCUUAUCUGGAGGAUUCGCUCUGCUCAAUGUGUGGAGUUCAACACGGACCUUAUUUUUGUCGAGAGAUUGUUUGCUUCAGAUACUUCUGCCGGUCAUGUUGGCAGUUCCAGCAUAACCGAGACAGCUCGCUACAGAACCAUAAGCCUUUGACGCGCAAUUCGAAAUCGACUACCAUUGUCGGAGUGGGUCCUCAGCAGACAACACUUGCAUCAAUGCAACAACAUUCACAGACACAGCACAACCAUUCUCAGUUUAACUAUCAUCAGCAGCAUAACUCCCAUUCGCAGCAUCACCAUAACCAUAGCUAUCAUGGUUCACUGCAUGGUUCUCCCAAGUCGCCUUCGCCACCGAGCAGCAAUAGCAGCAGUAGCAACAGUUCAGCGGAUUCGUCACCAAUUUCCUGUCAUGGACCAGCCAACCUACACCAACAGCUGCAGCAACAGUUUGGCAGUCUCUAAAACGUGAGUGACAAUCCACAUGCUUUCAGUAGUGUUGCUCUUGAAAAAGCAAACUAUCACGUGUGGCCAAAUCCCAUUAUGGUGCCAAAGCUCGGCACCAAUCGUUGUUAUUUAUUAGAAAUUAUUGUUGAAUCGUGAACGUCACAACAUUUUGUUUGUUACAUCAUACGUAUUAAUCAAUGCUCAAACUAUGCGGCAAGAGCAUAGAUAAUCCACUCGCAUGUUGUUAGUUGUAAAGCGACAGGGGUAGUAAUGCAUAGCGCUGAAACACACCCGUCGAGGCAUUCCUUUGGGAAAUUUCCUCGCUCGAAAUUUCCUCAACGCAAAGGAAUUCCACCGGGAGGAAAUUAGAUGAUUUCACCUGCAUCAAUUCGUAGCAUCUUCAAUGCGUUAACGUACGGCAUUGCAGAGUUUAGUAAUAAUAGCGUGAUAUUGUUACUUAAAUUGCAACAGUUUGCUACAAAAUCUUUAGAUUGAAAUCCCCAAACAACGAUCGUGAGAAGAUUGUACGAAUUGAAAGCGAUGCCUCCUUGCAAAAUGAUGUCGCUGUAACUCGCUAAAUGCUUGUGGAUCCCAAAACUUGUUGACUAGCGAUGGAUUUUGAAUCCCAAAACACACUGAAAUGUUUUUGAUUACUUUUAAGAAAAUUGCAGUUUUUAUGCAAAACCGCUCGAUUCGGGAAAAGUAAAAAAAAGAAAAAUGAAAAUCAAACACGAACAUACCAACUGAAGGAACAAUGGGAAAGUAAACUGUGAGGAAAAGCUCUUUUUAUACAACAUUUUAAACGUGGAAUGCCUAUCUUGUGUGCGAAAAGAAGAAAAAAUAUGCGUGUUUUAGUUAGGCAAAAAUCAAACUGUUAUGUACCGCCUUGCGCUUUACGAAAAAGGUGUCGACGGCAGGUUAGAACGCAGCUGUAAAUUUUAAGAUGCAUUGUCUAAGGAAUGUUGUUUUUUUUUCAAAAGUAAUCUCAAUCCGCAAUUGUAAUUUCGAUUCCCUUUUCUGUUAUUUAUCUUAGUUAUUUAUUGAUUUAUUUAUUUUUCCUUAACUUAAGGCGUAGUUUAACGAUAGGGAAUUGUAAAAUCUCUUAAUGAGCUUUUCAUUAAUCUGUAAUCAAUCGAUCGUACAGUACCGGUUAAAAAGGUAUAGACCAAUUUCAAGUUUGUUUGGUUGCAUUUAAGCUCUCUAGAAAGCAUUUAGAUUCAUAUCAGAAUGAUUCGCGAAUCAUUAUGAACUCAAAUAUUGUCCAGUAUGUCUUUUUGCGUUCUUAUUUAUUAUUCAUUUUUUUGUAAACCAUACACUUGAGAAUAAAAUGUUCUGGCAUAUUAAUAUAUUAUAUGAAAAACUACGUUCAUCAG